UCAUGACACGUGUUGGCUUUUUCUAGAAGUGACCACGUCAUUCCCCAAAUUUAAUUUACUGAGAAAAUGGAAGUAAGUCCCCUCAGUUCUCGAAAUUACAAUAAAACCCCAAUUUUCAACGUUAUUGAAAAUCACCAGAAAAUCCAACGAAGAGAAAAGAAAUGAAUGGCAUCCGCAUCGGCAUCUUCAUCAUCGUCAGCAGCUUUUGCAAUCGGCCCUCUCAUUCGCAAUCGCUCUACCAGAUUCCUUCCAUGUCCAAACCUUCACCAUAAAUGGAGCUUCAAAGAUGCUCCUUCUCAUUCUCGACUCUCCCUUUUCAAUUAUUCUAGCUCUUCUCCUCUUCUUCCUUCUCUUUCGAUUCGUCAUCGUUUUCUUCUUCCUCAUCCUCCUUUUCAUCUUCUGCUCCGAUCUCGUUCACCUUCUUUUCGAUAUCCUCUGCCAUUAAUGGCCUCCACAGUUCCUGAUCAAGCCGGUCCGGAGACUCCACAUUCUAAUCCAACGAAAACGGUUAGGGUUGUGAUUAAGGGUAGGGUUCAGGGAGUGUUCUAUCGGGAUUGGACGGUGGGGAAUGCUACUGAGUUAGGGUUAAAAGGAUGGGUGCGGAAUCGGAGGGAUGGAUCCGUUGAGGCGCUUUUCUCCGGCCGCCCUGAAUCGGUGACAGAAAUGGAGCAACGGUGUCGGCGUGGUCCGCCGGAGGCGAUGGUGACCGGAUUUCAGGUUUUUCCUAGCUCCGAUGACCCAGGACCCGGGUUUGAGCGCUUACGAACCGCGUGAUUGAUUGUGAAUGUGGAACCGACCGACCGGAAUGGCUUCGUGUAAGAGAGAAUGGAAUUCUUAAUCAUUUGGGGUCGUUUAUUUAUUUUUGUUUGAAGAAAAAAAAUAAGGAAAUUAAAGCAGUGGAACUUUUUUAAAAAUAUAUAUAAAUAGCAAUCACUUGUAAAUUGUUAGUGCUAUCAUUAUCAUAUUAUUAGUCCCUUUUAGGGUACA